CCUAGAAGAGAUAAGAUGGUCCAGAGAGCUGCUCAGUCACUGGGUACAGGAUUGUGGCUUCCUGCUAUGUGCAGUGUUUGUAUCCCACUGAGGCAGACUGUGCUGAUUCAUAGUUAACUCGCUAGCAGGAUAGGAGUAUCAACCAGUUUAAUGGAGACAGUGCCUGAGGCCGCGCUGAUACGUAUCCUGGCUGAGCUGCCGGCUGAGGAUUUGGUUCUUAUAUGUCGCUUGGUCUGUCACCAGUGGAAAACAAUCGUGGAUGGGGCAGAACUUUGGCAAAGGAAAUGCCAGCAAGACGGCUUCAUUAACAAAGAGAGAGAAAGUGACCCGGACAACUGGAAAAGUGUUUACUUCCUAAGCAAGAGAAAGAGAAACCUUAUUAAGAACAGCUGUGCAGAUGCGGAUUUGGAGUUCUGGGAAGAUGUGAAGUGUGGAGGUGACGGCUGGAACAUUGAAGAGCUCCCUGGAGACAAUGGACAGGAUUUCCCCACUGAAGAAGUCAAGAAAUACUUUGCUUCAUCUUUUGAAUGGUGCAGUAAAGCUCAGGUCAUUGAUCUCCUUAAUGAAGGUUACUGGGAAGAACUACUGGACACAGACCAGCCAAACAUUGUGGUCAGUGACUGGUACGCGGCGAGGUCUGACUCAGGAUGCCUCUAUGAACUACACGUGCAACUACUCUCUGACAAUCAAGAUGUUGUGACAGAAUUUCAAAGUGAGAUUAUCACCAUCCCGCAAUUCAGUGACGCCAGCUGGAACCAGAUCAGCUACACAUUCUCAGGCUAUGGUCCAGGUGUGCGUUACAUUCGGUUCCAGCAUGGUGGACAAGACUCUGCUUACUGGAAAGGUUGGUACGGGGUGCGAGUAACCAACAGCAGUGUGACAAUCGAACCUUAAGGUGACAUCAUCAAGCCAAGACACCUUGACAAGCUAAAGUUCCUGAUUACUGAGCAUGUGACUGCUUUCACAAUGUCUGGUAAAGGACAAGGAUGCCAGAUGGUUUGAUACAACAGACAACAGUCCAGCUGAAUUUACGUUUUUACACUGUUACUUUUAGCUCUGUAAGUGAAAUGUGCUACAGUAGCAGCCAAGAGAUUAUUAAUAUUCAGCUUUUCCAUGAUUUGAGUUUCAUAGCUAUUUGAGACUGUGCAAAAAAAACGUUGAGAUAUGUUCUUCUUAAAUAUGCUGGUAAUUUACUAAUAAUCAACCAUUAUAGCGAAGUUAUGGCUAAACAAAAACAGGUUAAUCUUAAACAAUGUUAAAAAGACAGACAGAACUAAUAUGUUAGACAUAUGCAAAGCUAACAACAUAAACAGACAUACAUAGAGCAAACAUGUUAAACAGAGAUACAUAGACAAACAUGUUAAACAGACAUCGCAGAGCUAACACCUUAGACACAGGCAAACAUCUUAAACAGACACAGGCAGAGCUAACACCUCAGACAUAGACAAACAUGUUAAACAGACACAGGCAGAGCUAACACCUCAGACAUAGACAAACAUGUUAAACAGACACAGGCAGAGCUAACACCUCAGACAUAGACAAACAUGUUAAACAGACCCAGGCAGAGCUAACACCUCAGACAUAGACAAACAUGUUAAACAGACACAGGCAGAGCUAACACCUCAGACAUAGACAAACAUGUUAAACAGACACAGGCAGAGCUAACACCUCAGACAUAGACAAACAUGUUAAACAGACACAGGCAGAGCUAACACCUCAGACAUAGACAAACAUGUUAAACAGACACAGGCAGAGCUAACACCUCAGACAUAGACAAACAUGUUAAACAGACUCAGGCAGAGCUAACACCUUAGACACAGACAAACAUGUUAAACAGACACAGGCAGAGCUAACACCUCAGACAUAGACAAACAUGUUAAACAGACACAGGCAGAGCUAACACCUCAGACAUAGACAAACAUGUUAAACAGACACAGGCAGAGCUAACACCUCAGACAUAGACAAACAUGUUAAACAGACACAGGCAGAGCUAACACUUCAAACAUAGACAAACAUGUUAAAGAGAUACAGGCAGAGCUAACACCUUAGACACAGGCAAAGCUAAUACCUUAGACACAGGCAAACAUGUUAAACAGACAAAGGCAGAACUAACACCUUAGACACAGGCAAACAUGUUAAACAGACAAAGGCAGAGCUAACACCUCAUACAUACACAAACAUGUUAAACAGACACAGGCAGAGCUAACACUUCAAACAUAGACAAACAUGUUAAAGAGAUACAGGCAGAGCUAACACCUUAGACACAGGCAAAGCUAAUACCUUAGACACAGGCAAACAUGUUAAACAGACAAAGGCAGAACUAACACCUUAGACACAGGCAAACAUGUUAAACAGACAAAGGCAGAGCUAACACCUCAUACAUAAACAAACGGAUAACAGACACAGGCAGAGCUAACAACUCAGACAUAGACAAACAUGUUAAACAGACAUAGGCAGAGCUAACACCUUAGACACAGGAAAACAUGUUAGACACAGGCAGAGCUAACACCUCAUACAUAGGCAAACAUGUAAAACAGACACAGGCAGAGCUAACACCUUAGACACAGGCAAACAUGUAAAACAGACACAGGCAAGCAUGUAAAACAAACACAGGCAGAGCUAACAACUCAGACAUAGACAAACAUGUAAAACAGACAUAGGCAGAGCUAACACCUUAGACACAGAAAAACAUGUUAAACAGACACAGGCAGAGCUAAUACCUUAGACACAGACAAACAUGUUAAACAGGCACAGGCAGAGCUAACAGCUUAGACACAGGCAAAUAUGUAAAAAAGACACAGGAAAACAUGUUAGACACAAGCAAAGCUAAAAUCUUAGACACAGGAAAAACAUGUUAAACAGACACAAGCAGAGCUAACACCUUAGACACAGGCAAACAUGUAAAACAGCCACAGGCAGAGCUAACAACUUAGACACAGGCAAACAUAUUAAACAGACACAAGCAGUGCUAACACCUUAGACAUAGACAGACAUGUUAAACAGACACAGGCAGAGCUAACACCUUAGACACAGGCAAACAUGUUAACCAGACACAGGCAGAGAUAACAGCUUAGACACAGGCAAACAUGUUAAACAGACAUAGGCAGAGCUAACAGCUUAGACACAGGCAAACAUGUUAAACAGACACAGACAGAGCUAACACCUCGGACAUAGACAACCAUGUUAAACAGACAUAGACAGAGCUAACAGCUUAGACACAGGCAAACAUGUUAAACAGUCAUAGGCAGAGCUAACAGCUUAGACACAGGCAAUCAUGUUAAACAGACACAGGCAGAGCUAACACCUUAGACAUAGACAAACAUGUUAGACACAGGCAGAGCUAACACCUUAGACACAGGCAAACAUGUAAAACAGACACUGGCAGAGCUAACACCUUAGACACAGGCAAACAUGUAAAACAGACACUGGCAGAGCUAACACCUUAGACACAGGCAAACAUGUUAAACAGACACAGGCAGAGCUAACACCUUAGACAUAGGCAAACAUGUUAGACACAGGCAGAGGUAACACCUUAGACAUAGACAAACAUGUUAAACAGACACAGGCAGAGCUAACACCUCAGACAUAGACAAACAUGUUAAACAGACAUAGGCAGAGCUAACACCUCAUACAUAGACAAACAUGUUAAACAGACACAGGCAGAGCUAACACCUUAGACAUAGAAAAACGUAAAACAGACACAGGCAGAGCUAACAACUCAGACAUAGACAAACAUGUUAAACAGACACAGGCAGAGCUAACACCUUAGACACAGGCAAACAUGUUAAACAGACACAGAGGCCUAUUUAUGAAAGGUCUUGCGGACCUGAUUCGACAGUGCGGAUCAGGUCCCCAAUUCCUUGCUGAAUGCGGAGAGCAAUACGCUCUCCGUAUUCAGCAUUGCAUCAGCAGCUCACGAGAGCUGCUGGUGCAACGCCGCCCCCUGCUGACUCGCGGCCAAUCGGCUACCAGCAGGGAGGUGUCAAUCAACCCGAUCAUAUUUGAUCGGGUUGAAUUGCAGCGAUUCUUGUCCGCCUCAUCAGAGCAGGAGGACAGGGUUAUGGAGCAACGGUCUUUAGACUGCUGCUUCAUAACUGGUGUUUCUGGCGAGUCUGAAGACUCGCCAGAAACACGGCCCUUCAAGCUCCAUACGGAGAUUGAUAAAUGGGCCUCACAGGCAGAGCUAACAGCUUAGAUACAGGCAAACAUGUUAGACACAGGCAGAGCUAACAGCUUAGAUACAGGCAAACAUGUUAGACACAGGCAGAGCUAACAGCUUAGAUACAGGCAAACAUGUUAAACAGACACAAGCAGAGCUAACAUCUUAGACAUAGGCAAACAUGUUAGACACAAGCAGAGCUAACAUCUUAGACAUAGGCAAACAUGUUAGACACAGGCAGAGCUAACACCUUAGACAUAGACAAACAUGUUAGACACAGGCAGAGCUAACACCUUAGACAUAGACAAACAUGUUAGACACAGGCAGAGCUAACACCUUAGACGAAGGCGGCCUAUCUAUCAAGCUCCGAACGGCAGAGCUAACAUGUUAAACAGGCUGAUCAUAUACCAAUAAAGAAUUAAUAAUAAAAAACAAUCUUACUGUUUGAUUAUCUUAUAUAAGACAGCUAAGAAGCAUGAAUAAUGCGGAGGCUAAAAAAUAUCACUACAGUUAACCAAAGGGAAAAAUAUGUUACUAGUCAGGAGGGAAUAAGUUACUCAAGUAUAGGAAAAAGACUAAUAUCUUACUUGUUCACUGCAAUGUCUUAGUUCAGCGCUAUAUAUAUUCUUGCUAUGCUUAAACGCUGCCCUGUAUUGCCGUGAGAGAGGCCUUGUUUAAAUAUAUGUACACACAUGCACAUGUUUUACUACAAAUCACAUAAAGGCUUACACCAUUGGUGAACAGCUGAAUAAAUUAAAUGGUUUUCAGGUAAAGAUUCCAUCCUGUUUAUAACUGCUGGAUUAUAUAGAUUAAGUAAAGAGGCAGUAAAACAA